AUGGUGGAUGUUCGAACUCCAAACAAGAUAAUUAAAAAAAAUCAAGACAAUUCUAACACAUACUUGGUUUCUUAAGGAAACAAUUAUAUAUUAGAGGAUAAAAACUACAUGGAAGUCAAUAGCCCGGAAUUAGUUCAAGACUAUAAUUUUUGUUCAUUGCAAAAGGAGAAAGAUAAAGAAUUUCUUUAAAAGAAGGCGUUUCAAUUUGCCUUAUUUUAGAUACAAAAAAAUCAAAUUAUUGAAUAACACUUAUCAUAGAAGAAUAAAAAAGUUUAGAUCAAGUAAUAGAGAAAAUAGACUAUCAGAUAUAAAUGUUUGAAUUUUCUUGAUAUUUAGAUAAAUUCAUCAUUGAAGGAUAAAAGUUGGCAAUCAAGAUGAAAGCCAAUGAUGGGAACAUUACCAAUUUUCAAAGCAUGGAAAAAAAAUUUACUCAUGAAUUACAAACUAUUGGAUACACUUAAGAUGAAUUGAUAAUAAGUUUUACUUUAAAGAAUCAUCAGGAAUGUAUAGAGAAUAAGUCUGUAUUAUUUAUUGAUAAGAAUGUUCGAUUAAUGAUUGAUAUUAGAUUUAUCCAAGAUAAUACAAUAAUAUUGCAUUUCCUUUAAUAAUCUAAAUUUCAAGAGAUGUAUUAAAAUUAUUAUAAAUGUCUAACCACCAUCGUAAUCUAAGGGAACUCUUUUCAACAAAGUACUCUAAGCCUUUCUCCAAUUUUCCUUCCGAUAGAUUACGAAUUGGAAAAUCCCCUAUAGCAGUUGGCAACUUUCUUUAAUAUGCAUAAAAAAAGAAUGCCGAAGAAAAAUAGUAAAGAAAUCAUACUCCAGUACAUACCCCAAACAAAAUAAGAAUUGGAUAAGUCAACAUAAAUGAAUAUGCAUUACCUUACAAAAAUCCAUAGCUUAGUUUUUUUAGUAAGGAUAGUAAUAGAUCAAGAUCAAAAAGUCCAAUGUAAUUAUCAAUGCAUAAAUCACCAAAAUAAUCAACGAUAGACUCAAAAAAGAUUUUUGAAAAUGAAGAUUCUAUAAGUCUCAAUCGAUAGGCUUCUCUAAAACUAUCCAAUCAUACUAAAUUUGCUAGUGCUAACUUAAAAAUCAAUAUUAAUGAGGUUCCACAUAUAAAAAUACCUUAAGUUAGUUCUACUACAAAAAUAAAAGCAAAUAUAUAAAAUUUUGAGAGUAUUUUCAAUUCUUUGCUUAUCAAAUAUGAUUCCAUUCAAUAAUAGUCAUAACAACGUCCACCAAUUAAAAAGGUAUAAAAAGAGGAACCACAAGAUGAAGAAUUAUAAAUUGAUACUUAAAUUUGUGUAACGAAGUCUAGUUUUGCAUUUCACUUUGUAAUAGGGAAAGGAGGAUUUGGAAGGGUCUGGAAAGUUGAAUUAAAAAAAAGCAGAACUCAAUAUGCUAUGAAAGAAAUGUCAAAGGCUAAAAUAAUCGCAAAAAGAAGUGUGAAUUCUGUUAUGAACGAAAGAAAUCUUUUGGCAUAGUUCAAACACCCUUUCUUGAUUAAUAUGAAUUUUUGUUUUUAGGACAGAGAUAACUUAUAUCUAGUUAUGGAUCUUUUAACAGGUGGUGACCUCAGAUAUCAUAUAGGACGCAUGAGAAGAUUCAAAGAACAUUAAACUAAAUUUUUUAUUGCUUGUGUUAUUUUGGCAUUAGAAUACCUACACAAUUCAAAUGUUAUUCACAGAGAUGUUAAACCUGAAAACAUAGUACUUGAUAGCAAUGGUUAUGCUCGACUAACUGAUUUAGGAAUAGCAAGGAUUUGGAAACCUGAGAAUUCCUAAGAUACAAGCGGAACACCAGGAUAUAUGGGUAUAUAUACGUUUAUAUCCUAACUUUAGCUCCUGAAGUAAUGUGUAGAUAGAAUCACACUAUUGCAGUUGAUUAUUUUGCUUUGGGAGUUAUGACGUAUGAAUUUAUGUUGGGAAGAAGACCAUAUAAUGGUAGAACAAGAUAGGAGAUUAGAGAUCAAAUUCUAACCAGAUAAAUCUAAGUGAAAAGAAGUGAAUUGCCAGAUGAUUGGUCAAUUGAUGCUGCUGAUUUCAUUAAUAAAUUAAUAUAACGUAAACCUAUUAAUAGAUUGGGAUUUAAUGGACCUAAUGAAGUUAAAUAACACCCAUGGUUGUAGAACUUUCCUUGGACAAAGUUAUUAAACAAGGAAAUUCAAUCACCAUUCAUUCCUCCUGUAUAUUCAACUUAUUAUUUAUUAGCCAAUUUAAGAGAAUUUAGAUUAUAUAAACAAUAUUAGUGAAGACAAUGAUACUUAGGAUGAAUAAAUUGUAGAAAAUAGAAUCUUGUUAAAAAAGAAUUCUGUUUAAAGUAAGAAUUAUCAAUAAAGUAGAUUUAUUUUAUGGGUAUAGCUAUGAUUAAAACAUGUAAACCUAAUUAAAAAACACCAAAAGUACUAGUAGCACCUUAGUAGUUAAUUGA